UGGCUGACAUUGGCACGGUAGAAAUGGCUGGGAUUUUCGAGAACUCCCUGCUGCGGCACAAAACACGUUACCAGCUUUUGGCCACCGUAAUUGUAAACAUCAUUACCUUUGGACAUGGAGUGGGAGUGGGCUGGCUCUCACCGACUCUUACCAAAAUUCAAACGCCUGACUCGCCGCUGGAUUUUGAAGUUAAUCUUGCAGAGAUUUCCUGGCUCGGCUCGAUGCUGGGAUUGGGAAGCCUUUGUGGUAAUUUAACCAUAGCUCUGCUAAUUGAGAGAGCCGGCAGGAAAUUUUGCCUCUAUCUCAUGGCCGUACCUUAUGCGUGUAUUUGGAUUUUGAUUUACUGCGCCUCGAAUGUGUACUUCCUGUAUGCAGCCAGAUUUUUGUGUGGAUUCACCGGCGGAGCAGGUUACGUAGUGGUUCCCAUUUUCAUCAGCGAAGUGGCCGACAGCAACAUUCGAGGUGCCCUGACUUCCAUUGUGAUGUUAUCCGUCGAUUUGGGAAUACUGGCUGGCUAUAUACUCAGCACUUAUCUGGCCUAUCACGUUGUACCCUUCUUGGCCAUUAUCUUGCCGGUGGCCUACUUUAUUGCCAAUAUGAUGUUGCCCGAAACAGCGCCAUAUCUGCUAAAGAAAAGCCAACUUUCUGCGGCCGAGAACUCAUUUAAUUACUACAGAAAUCAGCGGAAUGCAAUCGGCGAAGAAACAUCUAAGGAUAAUUUUGAGGAGCUUCGCACAGCAGUUCUGGCUCAGCAGACGAGGAAUUCUACACCGCUGAGUUACAAGGACCUCAUUACCAAGCCAGCUCUUAAGGGGUUUGCAGCCUCAAUUGUCCUCAGCACGGGAUAUCAAUUCAGUGGAGUUUUCAGCUUCAUCAACUAUAUGUCCGAUAUAUUCAAGGCAUCUGGCUCGAUUGUGGACGUCAAUACUGCCACCAUUAUCAUUGGGAUAGUGCAAAUCGUUGGGGUCUAUACCUCUACUAUAUUUGUGGACAUCGUGGGAAGGCGACUCCUGAUGUUGAUCUCUACAAUGGGAGUGGGAAUCGGAUGCAUUGCCUUCGGUUGCUUCACUUAUUUCGCCGAAAGCUAUGAUCUCAGCGAUUUCAAUUGGCUUCCUUUGGUGCUGAUGAUAUUAAUCUGUUACGUGGCCAAUAUUGGACUUAUUGGAAUCUUUUUCCUGGUCCUGGUUGAGCUCUUUCCAGUGAAGAUUCGCUCCCUGGCCACUUCCAUUUCUGUGAUUUUCUUGAGUGUCCUGGUCUUUGGCACCUUGAAACUAUUCCCCCUGAUGCUGCACUAUUGGGGAAUUUCCAUAACCAUGUGGUUCUCCGCUGCUUCUGGACUGCUUACUUUCCUUUACUUCUGGCUGUUUCUCCAGGAAACCAAAGGAAAGUCCAUGAUUGAGGACUAACCUCCUGGAACUAAAGAGAUGUCAGCACGCUGUCAUUAUUUUUUUUUAAAUAAACACUAAACAUUGUUAUAUAAAAA